GUCACGUGGCGGGCAGUUUGACGGUCUCCACGCUGGUAUAAAUUCAGUCCUGGAGGUUCAGCCGAGUCUCUUUGAAAGUGACGCUGCCGCGGUGAAGGGUCCAAGCUACGGCUCAUCUCUGGUUCAGAGUAACCAUGGCAGACCAGGCGUUCGUCACCUUGGCCACGAAUGAUAACUAUGCUAAAGGAGCGAUGGUGCUGGGGAGGUCCCUUAGGAACCACAAAACCUCCAAAAAACUGGUGGCCCUCAUCGGACCCCAUGUGUCAGAGCAGUCCAGGGCAGUGCUUCAUAUGAUCUAUGAUGAGGUCAGGCUGGUGGACGUGUUGGACAGUGGGGACAUGGCACACCUGGCCAUGAUGAAGAGACCUGACCUAGGAGUGACCUUCACCAAGCUCCACUGCUGGACUCUCACACACUACUCCAAAUGCGUGUUCAUGGAUGCAGACACUCUGGUGGUAUCGAAUAUUGAUGAGCUGUUUGACAGAGAAGAGUUAUCAGCAGCUCCAGAUCCAGGCUGGCCCGACUGUUUCAACUCCGGAGUGUUCGUCUUCCACCCUUCCAACGAAACCUACGGCAAACUCCUCCAGCACUGCACAGAGCACGGCAGCUUCGAUGGUGGGGAUCAGGGGGCCCUCAAUAGCUUCUUCAGUGACUGGGCAACAGCUGAUAUCAGAAAACGCCUCCCUUUCAUAUACAACAUGAGCAGCAUAGCGAUCUAUACUUACCUUCCUGCAUUCAAACAGUACGGAGCAAAUGCUAAGGUGGUGCACUUCCUGGGAAAUACUAAGCCAUGGAGCUACACGUAUGACCCUAAGCAGAGGGUGGUGAGGGGGGACAUCCAGGAGGCCUCAACGCACCCUGGCUUCCUGCUGGAGUGGUGGACUCUUUACAGCAGCUGUGUGGUGCCUAUGCUGCAGAAGGAGUAUGGAGAGCAGCCCUUCCACUCUGGCUGUGAGGAACUGCCCCAGUGCGAGCAGGCCCAACCCCUGAUCUCCUCAGAGGAGCGUAAGCAGCGCUGGGAACAGGGCCAGGCCGACUACAUGGGAGUAGACUCUUUCGACAACAUCGAGAAGAAGCUUGCUGCUUUCCUUAAAUAAGGCACAGCAGGAGGGGCGGAAGUUAACGAAGGGUCACUUUAUGGUGUUACAGAGUGAACGUAGUUACAUGGCUUCAGUGCUGCUGUGAGUGGUUUCCUUCAGCUAUGCAAAAGUGGCGAUGCGAGUGCCAACAUCUGUCAAUUCCCCCACCCCCACCUUUCAUACACUGUGAAACUAUUGUUCAUCUGUCAGCGCCUCCCUACCUGACGACAAAUGCUCUUGCGGCUAUUCCACAUGCUCAGCCGUGUAAUGAAGUGUAAAAGGGAGUGCUUUUCUUUUUGUACUGUGCAGCAUGUGGUUGCCUGCUUGCUUUUUUUUCUACUUAAUUUCAACCUUUGUUCAUGCAGAGGUGGUAAUGCUUAGUAGCACUGACUUCCAAGAAGGCGUUCAAUGUGUUCACAUACACGAGCGAGGAGACCUUAAGUCUACUGAUGCCAAUGACCUGGUGUCCCUAGUGCCGUAGUCAUGUCUGUUCACACCUGUUUUUAAACCUCCAAGCUUUUCUUUGCUGGACAAAAACUCUUCACCUGAUUGUUUACAGUUGUUUACACGCCUUUUUCACACACUUGAGUUACAGUGUCCUUUAGUUUUGCUCAGUGUGAACACCUGCAUCACAUCACAAGCGUUGACCCUUAUUAGUCUUUUUUGACAUGGUGGACUACUUCUCUUUCUAGGCCAACAGCUAAAGCUGCUGUCCUCUCUCUCUUCACAUCACUUUUUUUUUUUUUUUUUUUUUUUUUUUUGUCUUUU